UUCCUCUUGGUCUCACCCUCAUUCCUAAUCAAAGACCGUAAACCACUGCCUCUCAAACUCACAUUCAUAUAACCAAAAAUACUCUGAUAAAGGAGAGAAGAUUUGGUAUAACGAAAUCAAUAGUGAAUAAUGGCUGAAGAAGAUCCCAAAGAAAAGGCCGACCGUGAGCGCAUUUUCAAGCACUUCGACACCAAUGGCGAUGGCAAAAUCUCAUCAGAUGAGCUAGGGGAUGCAUUGAAAGCCCUUGGAUGCGUUUCACCAGAAGAAAUUAAAUUCAUGAUGGAAGAGAUUGACACCGACGGCGACGGCUUCAUUUCUUACGAGGAGUAUAUAUCUUUUGCACUUGCUAACCGUGGUCUAAUGAAGGACAUUGCCAAGAUAUUUUAAGAACUAUAAGUUCCUCUUCCAAUGCAUUUGUUUCUGGCAUGCAUCCUUUUCAUUGUGUUUUUGCAAGUGAUUCACCUACCAGAUGUGCACUAAUUAAUUGUUAGGGUUAAUUUGUUUUCAGAAUAGAAAUGAAUGCUUUUGUAGUUGUUAAACUGUAAACUGUUAUCUUUCUCGUAUCACAUCAGCCAAAUGCGACUUCAAAUUUACGUGCUUUUUCGUCUCAGAUAGACAAACAUGAUCGAUCGGUGACCUAUAUUAUACCACCUAAUAAAGUUUUUAUUCUUUUC